AUGCGGAUGAUGCGGGCUCAACACGACUUGGGCGUCAAGGAUCCAGUGCAGGAAUGGCAGCUAUUGGCGCGGGUGCAAGCGAGAGAGCUGGCGGCUAGACAGGAUGCUCAGUGGUCUUGGCACUCCCGCCCCGUGGGCAUCACAGGCAGCCGCCUCUGCGCGCUGCCAAGUCCGCCUAUGCAGAUGCUGCAGCACGAUUCCCAGAUUCCAUCGGUUGGUGCUUGGUAUUUGGUGGCAUGGCACAGCGAGAUCGUGCUGUGGACGGAGCUGGCCGAGAAGGCCGGGUCCGGCGGCGCGGGCGCCAAGGCUAUGCUGAAAAAGGGCAGCAAGCUCCUCUCAAGCCUAGCCCUGCGGAAAGUGCACAAGGAGAAGCAGGCUAAGGCCGACCCGCCAGCACCACAGGCCAGCCAGGCCGCUGCGCAGGCCAGCGAGAGCCACGGCGAGGUCGCGCAGCUGCCGGCCGAGGUCGGCCGGCUCCGGGAGCAGCUCGCGGCGGCCGACGGCGUGGCCGAGGGCCCGCGCAGGGAGGCGCAGGAGCUUCGCGAGAAGCUCUCCGCCGUGGAGGCGGCCGAGAAGGAAAGCAAGGCAGUCAUCGAGGAGUUGGAGAGGAAGGAGCAGCAGUCGCUCCGCGACUGCGAGAAGCUCGAGAAGCAGCUGCAAGAGCUCCGCAAGCCGAAGGAGGACACUGGGGGCACGGACGUGGCCUGGCUCGAGUCGGAGCUCGACCGGCAGCGCGCCAAGGCCGCGGACAUGUGGCAGGACCUGGCGCGCGAGCAGGGCCAGAACAGCGACCUCAAGGACGAGCUCGCAGAUGCCAAGAAGGCGGCGAGGGAGGCGGACGCCUCGGAGAAGAGGGCGUCGGAGAAGGCGCGGCAGCUGGAGGAGAAGCUGGAGCAGGAGUGCGAGCAGGGCGGCCCGCAGAACGUGGAGCUGCAGGAGAGCCUCGUUCGCGCCAGGGAGGAGCACUCGAGCCUGCAGGAGCUCCUCGAGCAGGCCAGGGCCAGCGAGGAGCAGGCCGGCCAGCAGGCGCAGCGGGAGCAGGACGCCCUGAAGGCCAGCAGGGACGAGCUGCAGGAGUCCCUCGCGGCCGCGCAGCAGGCGGAGCAGGAGGCCGCCCAGGAGGUGGAGCAGGGCCUCCGGAGGGCCCAGCGCCUCGAGCGCGAGUGCGAGCAGGCGCGCCAGGACUUGGCUGUCUCUGAGGAGGCUGGAGCGGAGGCUCAGCAACGCUUUGCAAGCGAAGAAGAGGCCGCAGGCGCUGCCAGAAGAGCGGAGCAGUCGCAGGAAAGCGAGGCGAAGGAGCUGAAGAGCCGCCUCCAAAGUGUGGAAGAAGCUGAGGAUCAGGCGAGGCGAGCGCUCGAGGGCCAGCAGGAGGGCCGCGACGCCUCGGGGGCCGCCGCCGCCGCGGCGCAGGGCGAGUGCGAACGGCUGAGGGCGCAGCUCGCCGAGGUCGAGGAGGCGCAGGGCAAGGCUGCCAGGGAGGCGGGCCAGGGGGAAGAGGCCCGGAGACUGCUGGAGCAGGCCGUGGGCGAAGAGAGCGCCGAGCUGCUGAGAUGGCGGGCGUCCGCCGAGGCGCUCGGCGGCGAGCUCGGGGGCCUGCGGGAGGAGCUCGCCGGCGCCGCCGAGUCGGAAAGCAGGGUCGCCGCGGACGCCUGCGACCUGAGGUCGCAGUGCGACUCGUUGCGCCUGGAGCUCGCGGGCGCCGCCGAGUCGGAGAGCAGCGCUGCCGCGGCCGGCGGCGAUCUGAAGGCGCAACGCGACGCUCUCCGACAUGAAGUCUCCAGCCGAGAAGAGGACCUCGAGAGCUCCCGGCUGGAGCUCGCGGGCGCCGUCGAGGCGGAGAGCAGGGCCGCGGCCGACGCGAGCGGCCUCAGGGAGCAGUUCGGCGCGCUUCGAGAGGAGGCCGCCGGUCGAGAGCAGGACCUCGAGAGCUCCCGGCUGGAGCUCGCGGGCGCCGUCGAGGCGGAGAGCAGGGCCGCGGCCGACGCGAGCGGCCUCAGGGAGCAGCUCGGCGCGCUUCGAGAGGAGGCCGCCGGUCGAGAGCAGGAGCUCGCGGAGGCCAGGUCCGCGGAGCGCGAGGCCUCCUCCGCGGCGGAGCGGGGCCGCCUGGAGGAGCUGCGGGAGCUGGAAGCCUCGCGCAGCGAGGCCGGGAGGCUGCGGGCCGCGCUGGAGCUCGCCGAGGAGCGGCACGAGCAGACCAGGUCACGCCAGGAGGAGCAAGGCGCCAGCCUUGCGGCCGACCUGGCGCAGCUGCAGCAGUCGCUCGCGUCGGCGAGGCAGUCCGAGAGCCAGGCCGAGGAGCAGGCCAGGACGUUCGCGCAGACGGCCGACGAGAUGCCCCACCUGCGGAGCGAGUGCCAGGCGCUCCGCAAGGAGCUGGCGAGCGCAGAAGAUUCCAAGGCGAAGGCGGAGUCGGCCAUAGAGGCGAGCAGUAGGCAGCUCCAGCAAGCCGAAGACGCAUGCCAGGAGCUGCGAGCGCAGGCGGGGGCGCUGAAGGCGGCCAGCGCGGCGGCCGACGAGCUGAAGGAGAAGCUGAACAGGUUGCAGCAGCAGAAUACGGACUGGCGCAAGAUGAUCAUAGAAGAGCAGGAGCGGAGCACCGACCUGCAGAUGCAGCUGUCCGACGCUGGCCAGGCACGCAUGGAAGCGAGGAGAUCGGAGGCGAAGGCCCAGCGCGAAGUGGAACGCCUGCAGCGCCAGGUGGAUGGCCUGAUGGCGAGCCAGGCGGCCGCCUCGGCGGCGGCGGAGCGGCCCCCCCGGUCGGCGCGCGCGCGCUCCACCGCGGCGCCGCGAGGCAGGGAGGGCAGGGCCGACGACGAGGAGCAGAGGCUGCGGCAGGAGUGCGCCCGCCUGCAGGCGGCGCUGCAGGGCGCCCAGGGCGCCGAGGCCGCGCUGCGGCAGGACCUCGAGCGGUCCCAGGAGCAGGUUCAGAAGGCGGAGGACGCCCGGCAGCGGGAGGAGGCCCUCCGGCUGCAGGCGGAGGCCAGGCAGCUGCAGGGCGGGGAGCCGCUGGAGGACGUGGCCGUCGGACCACGGGCCGCCGAGCAGCCCGGGGGCCCGACGAGCGGCGGAGGCGACGGCCAGGCAGUCGGGGAGCACGCGGCCGUCGGACCACGGGCCGCCGAGCCGCCCGGGGGCCCGACGGACGGCGGGGGCGACGGCCAGGCAGUCGGAGAGGACGAGCCUGUCCAACCACCAAGUGCCGAGCAGCCUGGGAGCCCGCCAGACGACGAAGGCGCCGGCCAAGCAGUCCGAGAGGCCGCUGGCGAAGCCCCUGUUGGAGACCGCUCAGGCGAUGAACGGGGCGACGAAGAAGGCGAUGCGAAGAAGCGGCCUGCAAUCCCACGCGGGCGACAUGGGCGGCAAGCAAGGAUCCAAAUGGAAGAGCUUCGGCAAGGUGUAUCUGAAGGCUCCAACUCCGCCGACGCCGAAGAGAAGAAGGCCGCCGGAGCCGCGGGCUUCAACUGGUGGUGGAAGGGCAGCUCCUAG